GAUGUAACCUGUUGGAAGUCUCCACCACAUGACAUGUGAGGCUGGGAUUCAUGUUACAUGUUGGAAGUCACCAUCAUGAAUCUCAGCUCAGGUGAGAGCAGCUUCAACACACAGGUGAGAGGCAUCACGAGCCACCUCUCGGCCAAUCACAGCCCAGAGUCGAGGUCCAUUGAGGAGCAGAGGUUUGAAACAGAUAAGAGCUCAAGGAACUUGUGGAGAAACACCUGGAGCCCGAAUCAGCCUCAGUGUGACUCGGUGCCAGCGUCUCCUCUCUGUUUAAAUAAGUAGAUCUAAGUAUUUGUUGUUGGUAUUUAUAAAGAAAACAUGUCUUCCUCCUCCGGGCUCUUCCUCCUCCACGUCCUGUCCGUGUGGGGUGCGUUGGGCUCCGUGUCGGGGUCUCCCGCCCUGGAGGAGGUGUACCAGGCCGUAGUGAGCGUCGUGUCCCCGGGGCAGCAGACUCUGAGCGGGGAAUCGCUCGGAUUCCUCUUUAAUACGCUGGAGAAACGUGUGCAGUGCGGAGGAGCAGUGUCGUGUGGAAAGUGUGAUCUAACAGGUGGUGUUCACCAGCUGUUUGGCAAUCACUCCAUCCACGGGGAGGAGGAAGCUGGAAGAGUCGGCCAUAAUGAAACCAUCAGCGUCUCCCAGUUCAGCGACCUCGCCGCCGGCAGCGUCCUCUACCUCACUUCUCCUGGCCCGGUCUGCCACGCGAUAAUUGAGGGGAGGUGGGGCGAGGAGACGGAGCAUUUCCUCCACAGGGUCACACACCAUGAGGAGCACGAGCAUCUGGAGCACGAAGAGGGCCGGACGCAACAUGACCACGAACACAUAGACGUUCACCAAUUAGAGACUGUGUUUGUAGAGCUCCGGCGCCACUAUGAGCCGUCACCCAGUGAGAGCUGUCUAACAGCCAGCGACAUCAUGGCAGAAGUCAACGCAUCGUUACCAGACCAGAGACAGGAAGUGGGCGCAGUUCUGGGCCGAGUCCUGUAUCACGCUCUGCAAGGUCACUGCUUCGUCAGCGAGUCCCUGCCCGAGGAGAGCUUUUUCCUGGAUUACAUCGUGGGCCGCCUGGGGUCAGAGAACUUCACUGUCGGGGAUUUGGAGACCCUUAUGAGGAGUCUGAACAUUGGGACUGAAGACGAACAUGGGCACGAAUCCCACGGGCACGAACCCCACGGGGAUGCACACCAAGAAGACGAACACGGUCAUCAUGAUGACAGCGGUGCAAGACGGAGGAGGAGGAGGAGCAGCCGCCAUGAGGGACAUGGAGGAAACAGCACCUGGGAUAAGCGCUGUUUCUCGGCUGAGGAGCUGGUCCUGAUCUUCGGCCUGGCUGCAAACAGCUCUGCCUCCUCGGUUCAGUCCGACGUGGCUCGGCUCAGCCCGGCGUUCGUCCAGCAGAUACUAAGCGGAGCCUGCGCACACAUGACUGAGCCAGUGAACCCAGAUGAUCUCACCAGGAUGGAGAGAUACCUCUAUGCAACCCUCGCCAAUGUGGUGAUAACACUCACGUCCAUGUUUGGCAUCGUGCUGCUGCUGUGUACCUCGUGUACCAGUGUGUUCCAGUUUGCUGUCCAGUUUUGCAUCAGUCUGGCUGUAGGUUCACUGACUGGAGAUGCCCUAUUGCACCUGUUACCCAUGUUUCUAGGUUUACACGUUCACACAGACAAUGGCGGCGGCCACGAUCACGAUCACGAUCACCAGGAAGAAACGCCAGACUACAUUUACAAGAUGUUGGUGGUGAUAGCCGGGAUUUACUACUUUUACCUGAUGGAAACCGUCUUCUCUCUGGUCGCAUACAGAGAUAAUCACAGCCAUCACCAUCACCAGCACCAUCACGCUGAAGAAUCUGAGCCUCAUCACUGUGACCAUGGGAGGGUUUUAGAGAUGUAUCAGCAGGAAAGGAAACAAAGACAAAACAAGUCGGCCUCGAAGGCAGAUCUGGUUACCCUUGAAGACAACCACAAAGUGCGCACAAGAGAACAGCGUCUGCUGCCUUACAUGAUCACCAUCGGUGACGGGAUCCACAACUUUGCAGACGGCUUAGCGCUCGGUGCAGCUUUCUCCCUGUCAUGGAAGUCUGGUUUGGCCACGUCUCUGGCUGUGCUGUGCCAUGAGCUACCACACGAACUGGGGGAUUUUGCCAUUUUGCUGCACAGCGGCGUGUCAGUACGCAGGGCGCUGCUUUUAAACAUCGCCAGUGCCAUGACCUCGUUCAUUGGCCUGUACAUUGCUCUGUCGGUCGCCACUAACCUGGCAACCCAACAGUGGAUAGCCGCCGUCACCUCUGGACUCUUUCUGUACGUGGGACUGGCUGAUAUGCUCCCCACCAUGGUCCACAUCAGCAACAAGAAACCCUGGCUGAUGUUUCUGCUGCAGAAUGUCGGCCUUCUCACCGGCUGGGGAAUCCUGCUGCUGCUGUCACUUUACGAAGAGAGGUUUUACACCUUUUAAGGCACGGACUUGUACAAACAGCACGCCAGCACAUUGGUGUGGCUUGUUUUGGUGCACUCAAUGCCAACUGUAAAA